AUGAAUGGAAAACAAGAAACUGAGCAGACAAAUAAACAAGGAAAAGAAAAAGAACAAGAAACAAGUGGAACAAAUGAUGGACAACAUGAUACAACAAAAGAAAAAGAUGAUAACGGAACAAAUGAAAGUGAUGAAAACAACAAACCUAAAACUCCAAAUGGGCAAGAAGAAGGAAAAAAUACAACAGACAAUAAAACUCCAAAUACUCCAACAAAUAAACCAGAGUCUAAAUCUGAAAAUAAAAACGAUGAUAAAACAAAUAAUAGUGAAGAUGAAGAUUUAAAUAAUCAUAAAAACAUCGAUGGAGCAUCAUGUAUGUUUAUUAUUCUUGGUGUUAUCAUCACCCUUUUAUUCUUCUAA